UGCCUUGGCUGGGCGUCUUUUGCCGGGGAGCCUUUUGCGCGUCGGGGAGGACGCACGGCUCGCUCGGGAGGUUUUCCACCCCUUCUCCUCGCCAUCAGAAACACAGUUGCCUGGAGGGGGACGGGCCGGCUCUCCAGAGGCCCCGCGGCUCCUUAUGGAGACGGCCGGGAGAAGGCUUCGGCGCUGGCCGGGCUGCCUCCGAGCUGCGCUGUGGCUUUGCUGCUUGCUCCCGGCGCCGGUCAGCUGCACCUGGAACCGCGCGGGGCUCCAGUACGCCAAUCGGAGGAAUUGGUGUUCUUACACUGUCACCCGGACGGUUUCCUGUCAUAUCCAGAAUGGCACCUACCUCCAGAGAGUGUUCCAGAGCUGCUGGUGGCCCACGACUUGCACGGGGGGCAGCUAUAGAACUAUCGUCAGGCCAACGUACAAACAGGCCUACAAGACGGUCACAGCUCUGGAGUGGAAAUGCUGUCCGGGACACACGGGUGUCAAUUGCGAGGCAGAGACUGCUGGCUACCAGGAUCCUCAGGACGCUGCUCAUGGGGCCGCCCCUUUGCGCAGACUGCCAGCCCGGCCUGCAGCUUAUUCUGGUUGUUUAAACUGCAGCAAACUCUCAGAGCUGCUGGAGAGGGUCAACUUCUUAGAAGCAAAGGUAGCGACCCUCUCUGCGGCUGAAUCUGUGACCUCUCUGGUUCCCGGCAGACGACUUCCUCCUAAGGGAGGUGACUCUCCUGAUUCUGUGGCCCUGUGGGGCUCUCUGGCUGCUCAGGGGAGCCCUGGGGAUGAAAGCACAAAAGCAGGUUCUCCAGGCCCCAGAGAGAGGCUGAGGACCACCAUACCUGGACGGGAUGGGAGGCUGGCCUCGCAGGGACCCCCCGGCCCCGUGGGUCCCAAAGGAGACAUUGGCAUCCGUGGCCCGUCGGGCGUACCUGGAGUCAAAGGCCCUGCUGGACCGCAAGGGCCUCCGGGGCCCCCUGGUCCCCCCGGGCGGGACGGCGCAAGAGGUUUCCCCGGAGAGAAGGGCCUCCCAGGGCCCCCUGGACCACCAGGUCCACCAGCCCCUGUGGGACCAAAGAUAUCACCCAUUGAGGAUCAAAGGGACCCGCUUCUGUCAAACACCUUCAUUGAAACGGGGGUCACUGGUCCAGCUGGGCCACCUGGCCUUCCGGGACCAAUGGGUCCUCCAGGGCCAGCUGGAAUCCCAGGUCAGCCGGGACGUGAUGGGAGCCCAGGAACCCCAGGAGUCGACGGGGCAGCUGGUAUCCCUGGAGAGAGAGGAGAGAGAGGACCGCAAGGAUAUCCUGGCCGCCAAGGUCUCGAUGGAGAACGCGGUGAGCCGGGGCCCAAAGGUGAACCAGGCGAGAAAGGCACCUGGGCCAUUAGCUUACGAAGCUUCCUAGAGCAGCAGGCCCAGCUGAAGCUGUUGUCUAGGAGGGUCACCUUGCUGGAAGCUAUCAUCUGGCCAGAACCAGAACCGGGAUCUGGACUGGGCCUUUCCUCCACCAGCAUGCCUGGCUACGACCGGGGGAAGCGAGACGAGAGCCUGGCAGCCUACAAGAUGAUCUCCCACCACCUCUCUCAGAGGAGCGAGGAGGAGAGGAAAUGAGGAGGGGGGCCGUUGGCCUGCCCGUUGGCAGGUGCAGACGAAGAGCAUCCUUUUGGGGGAGGGCACGAGAGGUCUU